CUCGCAGACGCCCAAGUGGGAUCCUUACUGGAAGACAUUUGCUAAGCCCAAGAGAGGGCUCCUCGGGAACGGGAGGGGCGGGACGCGAGGCUUUUACCCUCGGCCACUGGAAGAAGGGUUAUUUCUCCCGCCCCACACCUACCAUGAUGUUCCCGGGGCUCCUCGCGCCCCCGGCGGGGUAUCCUAGCCUCCUGCGGCCCACGCCCACCCUGACGCUGCCCCAGUCCCUUCAGUCGGCAUUUUCCGGGCACACUAGCUUCCUAGUGGAAGAUCUGAUCCGCAUCAGCCGGCCCCCCGCCUACCUGCCCCGCAGCGUGCCCACAGCUAGCAUGUCCCCGCCCAGGCAAGGGGCCCCAGCAGCGGUUCCUGACUCUGGGACUUCGGACCUGGGCUCCCCGGGUCCCGGCAGCCGGAGGGGCAGUUCUCCGCAGACUACCCUCUCCCCUGCCAGCGAGCCCACGUUUCUGAAGUUUGGGGUGAAUGCCAUCCUCUCCUCGGCGCCCAGAACAGAGACAUCCCCCACCUUGCUCCAGAGCCUCCCUCCCAAGACGUUCGCCUUUCCCUACUUUGAAGGCUCCUUCCAACCUUUCAUCAGAUCUUCUUAUUUCCCAGCGUCCUCUAGCGUCGUGCCAAUCCCCGGGACCUUUUCCUGGCCGCUGGCGGCUCGAGGAAAGCCUCGCAGGGGCAUGCUGCGCCGAGCCGUGUUCUCCGACGUGCAGCGCAAGGCGCUUGAGAAGAUGUUCCAGAAGCAGAAGUACAUUAGCAAGCCUGACCGCAAGAAGCUGGCGGCCAAGUUGGGCUUGAAGGACUCGCAGGUGAAAAUCUGGUUCCAAAACCGACGCAUGAAAUGGAGGAACUCCAAGGAGCGAGAACUCCUAUCUAGCGGGGGCUGCCGUGAACAGACCCUUCCCACCAAACUCAAUCCGCACCCGGACCUUAGCGACGUGGGCCAGAAGGGCCACGGGGACGACGAGGAGGAGGAAGAGCGCCCUGGCAGCCCCCGUCACCGCCUGGCCUACCACGUGCCCCCCGACCCCCGGCACGUGCGGGAUCCGCGACUCCAAGGGCCACUGCCGGCUUCCCCAGCGCACUCUACUAGCCCUGGCAAACCUUCGGACUUCUCAGACUCCGAGGAGGAUGAGGAGGUUGAGGGGGAAGAGGAAAUCACCGUGUCCUAGAAUUGCCCCCUCUCGACCCCAUCCCUGUACCGUUUCUAAGUGCUUUGAAAUUGAAGAGGUGGGAUC